UUCCUCCUCGUCGGCGACAGUCUCUGAUUGAAUCGCCGGUAUUUCUUCAGCCACAGAAGCUUCUUUCCCUCAGCAAAACCCUCCCGAAUCGAAGGUUUCUCUUCUCUGCCAAUGGGUUACGUCCAGGAAGCACGUGAGAAUCACGUGAAGAAGAAGGUAGAGGAAGCUUUACGCAGCAAAAUGAAGCAAAAGGCACUAAAGGAAUGUGACCAGUACACUUCCAAAUACGCGCAGUGCGCUGUAGGAAGGACAUUAUCCGUUGUGUGGCAGUGUCGGAAGCAAGCUAAAGAGUUGAACGAUUGCCUUCAUCAAUACACAAAUGAUGCCGUCUUGGAAGAAAUGAAGAAGGAGUACAUGCUCCAACAAAAUGAGAAAGGAUCUGUAAAAGUCUAAACCCAUCCCUUUUGAUGGGGGCCUGGGGGUAGAAUUGAGUGCAGAACAUUUUGUCUCAGUCCAUACACCAGCAAUAUCACGAUCCAUUUGAGUGCCACAAUGGGUUGUCGUCUGCACUAAUUUGAAGGUCUCAUGUUUGCAACGUUGUGUUGGUUUCUUGGAUAGCGAGAAACAUAGUUAAAGUGCUUAAGGCUUUUUUGGUCAUUACCUCCCAGUACGACAACAAAAAUUAUUCCUUCUUGCCUUCAAUUUAUACUUUUGAAAGGACAAAUUUUUUUUCUAUAACCGUCAUGCAGACAGAUACAGAACAAUCGAAUUCUUGAAUUUGGAACAAGGAAUUUGGAUCGCCAUAUAACCUUUCAUUA